GAGGAGCCGGGCGGGAGCAGCGCUCCGCCUGCCGGGGCCGUGCCGAGCCGAGCCGGGGCGGCGGGGAGCCGAGGACAAAGGCUGGGGUGACGUGCAAAACCCGCAGGCGUUUCGGUGCCGGAGACAGCAGCCGGAGCGGCGACAGCGGGGUGCUGGCCCCCACGGCCCCCUUACACCAGCCGACCCCGCGCUCCCACGGCUGCCACGGCCGCCCGCACGUCGCUGAUGCUGGUGGCUGCCGGAGACCGGAGCUAGAGGCAGAGUCCAGGGCGCGGAGCCAUGAAGCUGAACGAGCGGAGCCUGGCCUUUUAUGCCACCUGCGACUCCCCAGCCGACAACGCCGGCUUCCUUUACAAGCGCGGUGAGCGGCAUACGGCAUACCAUCGUCGCUGGUUCGUGCUGAAGGGCAACAUGCUCUUCUACUUCGAGGAACGGGAGAGCCGGGAGCCAGUGGGCGUCAUCGUGCUGGAGGGUUGCACCGUGGAGCUCUGCGAUUCGGCCGAGGAAUUCGCCUUCGCCAUCCGCUUCGGCGGUGCCAAGUCUCGCACCUACAUGCUGGCGGCCGAGAGCCAGGCUGCCAUGGAGUCGUGGGUGAAGUCGCUCUCGCGGGCCAGCUUCGACUACAUGCGCCUGGUGGUGCGGGAGCUGGAGAAGCAGCUGGAGGAGAUGCGCUGGGGGCCGGCCGGUGGAUGCGGGGGCUGCCGGGGGUCACCCAGCUCCUGGAAGCUGAAGCCCUCAGGGCUGGAGCGGUCCCCAGAGCGGCUACCGGCUCUGCCCGCCGUCCUGCCAAAGGAGAAUGGCUGCGCGGUGUGGAAUAACGUGCCGGGAGCGGACCAGCCGGCCGACACCUCCGGCUGCGGUGGGCACGAUAGCGAGGGGAACCCGCGGCCGCCGCCGCUGCCACCGCGCAGACGGGCGUCAAGCAGUGAGGCAGGCAGCGCUGGUGUGGCUGCGGCAGAGAGCCCGUCUACCUUCAACCGGCUCCACGAGCAGUACGGCCGGGAGGUGGCCCGGCUGCGGCAGGACUGGCUGGAGAGGCAGCGUGGCCCCCGGCCCUGAGAAGCAGCCGAGCCCUGGGGACCCGCCAGGACUCGUGGCAGGGAGGAGGGGCUCAUCCUUGGUGCCACCUCGGUCCCCUCCUCACCUGGGAUGUGCAGGCCUGUCCGUGGCGGUGAUGGACACCUGCUGACGGUGCCACCGAGGGCCCAGCACCAAGGGACGCCAGUGCUGCUCCGUGAUGGUGCAACGCCAGCCCGGCACCGAUGGCAGCUGGGCUUAGCGUGCCACCAGCCAGGCAUGAGACCUCCAGGCUCUCAGUGCUGCCAAGCUCUCGGGCAUCUCCUGCCAGGCAGCGGGUGCUCCCCGCAGGGGUGCACCCCUUCAGCUGCGCCUUGGCAUGGGUGCAGGGUGGUCCGCCCGGCGCAAGCAAGCUAUGAACCACUUGUUGGCUGAUGCCUCCCGGGAAUCGACCGCUGCACUGGGUGUGAUGCUCUUGCAGCGGGGUCGUGCACCGACAAUGCUUUUCUGGAGGAGGAUUUUGAUGGGCUCUCACCCGCCUGAGCCCCUGUGGGGGUGUUUCACAGCCAGGGAGCCGGCUACUGCCUUCCCCUCCCUGCCCGCCACAAACGACUGGCUGAGGUCGGCUGAGCUCCGCCAUAUCCCUCUGCUCCAGCAGGAUGUGGUUUGAAAAUGAAAAUAUCAGUGAGCGCAGCCCUUCCUUAAUGGCAGCAGCACCGCACUCCCCGGCUGUCCAGGAAGCUGGUGACACUCGGUCACGGGCGUUUCGCGUGGGGCGAGUGCUGCUUGCAGCCCACCCGGUGAACCCACGGUGGGGAGGGAAGCAGACCUGAGUGGAACAUGACAGCUGUGGGCACCAUCCUGCCGGGUGGAUGUUUCAGGGCAGGGCAUCACCCCUGGGCCAGCUCGCUAAGGGGAAGCAUCGCUUGCGGUGGCGAAUGGGAACGUGUGUGUCAGCAGCGGAGGGUGGCGAAUGAUUCAUGUGCCAAACCAGAGCAAAGCUGGUGUUCCGUGCCGGUGUUUCUCUUAUUUCCCCAACGGUUUGUAUCGACACUAAAGCUGUUGGCACGGAGGUGGGGUGACCCACCCUGGGUCUGGGGGGAGCAGUCAGGGUGCCUCAGGUUUGGGCUGGGUGGCUCUGGCUCCCUUUGCCCCCUUGGGACAGACACAAGAUUUUGCUACAAUAAAAGUUGUUUCAGAAAUU